GCACGUGCGAGCGAACCGCCCGGUGCGGCAAGAAGGAGACAUGCGGAACGACCUUUGCUUCCCCGGAGGCCUCACUCCUGCGGCCAUCAGCUUCGAGAAGUACUUCGAGAAGGCCCUGGAUGGCAUCCGCUUUGAGGGCACCUUGAAGUUGGGCCCACAGUCCACGGAGGCACUCUUCUUGACUCCGGAUGGGCAGAGCGUUCUGGAUGGAAGUAUGUCCUUGGUGGCUCAUCCCGGCAUGGCACUGGCUGCUCUCGAUGAUCAUUUGGCCCAUUUGCCGCGCUGUGAUGGCCGUGAGAAGACCUCGAUCACUUGGAAGUUGGAGAUGGAAGCCCACGGCUUGCUGCCCAUUGGCCAGGAACUGAGCUUUGAGUGCUUCUGUCCCUUCGCCCAGACCGGCCCCGUGGGGAAUGUGGCCUCGGGCACAAUCCGUUACGAGGACCAGAUCUUGGCCACGCUCUCUGCAGUGAUCACGUCCAGUGACAAGAAUGCCGCGUUGCCUGCGGCAGGACUUUGACCCACUCGUGCGUGGCGAGAGCUCGCGCGGGAUCCGGAUCCGUCCUCGCUUGCGUGGGAGAAACAGCUGCGUG